AUGGAUGAAGUCCUCAGUGAAUGGAAAAAACUAUCCCUCACAGAUGAGGAAGGUGCAAAACUUAGCCUAACAAAGUCAAAAAAUCUGAAAAGAAAAGAAUAUGUUAUUGCAGCAAAGUUCCUGACAAAACGUGCCCUGAAUGUGGACGCCAUUGGAAGAACUCUCAAACCAUUAUGGAGAGCCAGAAAAGAGUUUAAGAUCAGAGAAGUAGGUGACCACACUCUGUUAUUCGUUUUUGAACUGGAGACAGAUGUGCAAAGAGUUCUAGCUCAAAAACCGUGGUCUUUUGAUAAGCACCUUAUUCUUCUACAACGAUAUGACUAUUCGAUCCCGGCCAAACAACUACGUUUUACAAAGAUAACGUUUUGGGUACAAAUACAUGGUUUACCUUUGAGAUUGUUAGACCCUGAGAGAGCCAUUGAACUAGGGGAAACACUUGGAGAAGUGGUAACUGACGAAGCAGAAAAGGAGAUGGUGGGUGGAGAUUUUGUACGUGUGAGGGUAAGAAUAGAUGUCUCAAAGCCAUUGAGCAAAGGUCGAAGAGUUGUUCUGGAUGAGGGAACUGAGACUUAG